AUGGAGUCGGCCUCACAUUCGCAGCUUUUUAAUACCUCAUGGACUUUACACCGUCUCUCACCCCUGCACCACAAGAAAGAUUGCGCGAGCCUUUUAAACAAUCAAGCCGCCUUGAAUACAUACGCAACAAGAUUACGCGAUCAACUGACAGGCGAUGUCCUAGCGGGUCUCCAUUCUACCGCCAACACAGCAGAUGACGAUUCGCUGUCAAAAACAGGUGCCCUCAGAGAAUGUAGAUGGCAAUUCAUGACCGCGGGGUCAUUCACACGCGACGCAUCAGACAGACGCGACGCUAACACUUCCUUCCCCGGAAUCUUGGUGACACUCGAAUAUGAGAACAUAGUCUACAAAGCUGCUCUCCUCGCGGAACCAGAGUCCAAUUUCCAACGGGUUCCUCCUAGUGAAGGAUCAACAUUUCUUCCGCUACUAUUGACGAAAUGUCCAAACGCGCUACGACAAACAUUCAUCUCAUUCUUAUCGGCUAAUUUCGAUGCCUACUGUGCUCCCCUCCGUCUUUCAUCUACUUUUCUCUGUAAAGGUCUGGAAAGCUUCGUGGACGAGCUCCGAACGGGGCUGGGAGACUCCGCGAAUGAAAUUGUUGAAGAGGUGAUCAAGGAGCUGCAACUGACAUUGGCCUUUUCGGCAAUGAUUGCGCCGGCAUUGCGAACGCUGAAUAUCAGUAUCUCGCGAGCAUCCUUGACUGGGUUCUUGAGCGAUGGAAAUAGUACUUCGAGACGUACUUUGAAGCAAAAAUUGAGCAGUCCUUUAAUUGCAAAUCUCAGUACUUAUCUGGAGACGCAUCUGGCGAUGCAGCUUGAUUUGACUGGGUCGUCGAAGAAUAAGGCUGCCAAACAUCAUGUUCGGUUAUCCAAAGCUUCAUGUGCGGCUUUUGUGUUGGGAGGCGAAGGACGCAUGAAACUGGUUGUUGAUGUUGCUCGAGCAGAGGGUCAGGAUGGGGCUGAUGCUCCGACUAAAGAUCAGUUGGCUCUUCGUGCGAGUCAAAGUCUGCUACGAGCUGUCAUUGGCAAAGCUGUCGUCGGGGAUCAAACCGCUACUUGA